AAUGCACCAGGAGAGACUUAGGGCGCCUUUAGCUGUUCCUGCAUGUCAACAAGGAGGAGGAGGAGGAGGAGGGAGGAGACUCAGCUUCAAUUUAAACAUCUAUUGCAUGAACAUUCUAACACACUGGCUUUGUGGGACAAUACGUUUUUCUUUCAUUACUCUACUUAACGGCCUGUUACGUUAAUUAUUGUCGACAUGGCUCCGUUCAGCUUAUUAACAGCAAGUGUUAGCCUGCUGGCUAAGUCCUUCAGUGUCUUGUCCUGCACAAGCACUCUGGCAAGAUGCACCAGCGUCCUCCCCACCGCAUACGUCAGCCCAGUGAAAUGUCUGACGUCUCAGGCCAGCGGCCCUCCAAAGAGACCUCUGAAUGGAUACAUGAGAUAUGUCCUGCAACAGCAGCCAAUCAUAACCAGACAAAACCCAGAAAUCAAAUCAGUGGAUAUCAUCAGGAAGAUUGCCCAGCAGUGGAGAACGAUGAGCCCAGAAGAGAAACAGCCAUUUGAGGAGGCCUCUCUGCGGGCCAGGCAGCAGUUUAAGGUGGAACUCCAGCACUACCAGGCUCAGCUGACCCCCGCACAGGUGCAGCAACAAGCCCUGGAGAAGAGGCAGAGGAUGGCCAAGAGGAAGGCCAUCCGCAAGAAAAGGGAGUUAACCAACCUGGGGAAGCCCAAACGUCCUCGUUCUCCAUUCAACAUCUUCAUGUCAGAGCACUUUGAGGAGGCCAGAGGAACCACCACACAGGCAAAAAUGAAGUCACUGUUGGAAGACUGGAGGAAUCUGUUCAGCCAUCAGAAACAGGUCUAUACGCAGCUAGCCGAGGAUGACAAAAUUCGCUAUAAGAAUGAGAUGAAGUCAUGGGAGGACCAUAUGGUGGAGAUUGGACGAGAAGACGUGAUCCGAGAGCAGACCCUGUCUGCCAAGAAAAAACCUGCUGCUCAAACUCCAGCAGCGAAGAGAGGAACCAAGAAAGCUAAAGCUAAAGUGAAGGUGGCCACUACCAUAGGAAAGUCCCAGAUGACCAGGAAGACAACGAAAAGUAGCUCAGCAAAAACUGUCCGGACAACCAAGACAUAAGAUAUCUGUAUCUACUGAGUCUGGGGGAAAGAAGAGUGUUCAUGACAAGUUACCAGUCGUCAUUAAUGUUUCUUAGGUUCAACAGGGAAAACUUUUAACAGCAGACAGCUUAAUAGAAUUUCACAACACCACAGUAAUGCCUCUGUUCAGUGACAGUGACACAUAGAAGGAAAAUUCUGAAAGCAGGAGUUUUACCAGGUACAAUGUGCUGUUCUUCUCAUCCACUCUACAAAUACACAUCCUGGCAUUGAGUGGUUGAAUGAUGUAGAGUGGGACUGUUUCAGACUUAAAAAGUGAGUUACUUGAUGAAAUGUAAUGGUUUUGAAAAUCUAAGACAUGUGAGUGAGGUAUUAAAGCUAUUAUAGGAGGCACA